AUGCGUCUGGCGUUGCAACUUGCUCUAGAUUACUUAGUGCGGGCUGCAGCUCGGGCAAGAAAAGGCAGUAAUCUGUGCUCUCCUCGCGGUGGCGGCCGCGGCGCCGCAGGGCUACCGCGUGCCCACUCCCGCACCCACCUACGGCGGCGGCCCGUCGUGCCCAUCCUCGUGGACGACCGCCAGGGGCCCGAUCAGUUCGGCAACUACAACUUCAACUUCGAGACUGGCGACGGCAUCAGCCGCCAGGAGCAGGGCGCCCCCCAGGGCGAGCUCGGCGCCGUGGCCUCGCAGGGCGGAUGGAGCUUCACCUUCCCUGACGGCAGUCCCGCGGUGUUCAGCUUCGUCGCCGACGGCGCUGGCUACCAGCCCCAGUCCGACCUGCUGCCCACGCCCCACCCCCUCCCCGCCCACGCCAUCGCCCAGAUCGAGAAGGCCCGCCAGGAGGACGCCCUCGGCGCCAACCGGCCCUCCGCCCCCGGCAGGAGCUAUGGUCUUCCUUAAGCAUGUUGUGUGAAUACGCCCCUUCAUUGUCUAUGUUCCGUGUAUUUAUGUUGUUCGACAGUACCUCACUCCUUCAUUUCUCAUUUUGCAUGGCAUCAUUUGUUGCUGGCAUGUCACUGUAGCAAUAAAUAUAUUUUGCAUUUCA